UUCGUACGCACACAACUUUUCUUCCUUCUUCAUACCACAACAAAAUUUCUUUGACGCACACACUCUUCUUCAAGUCUUCAACCACAACGAAGCAAUACACCACACACACCUUCCUUCAAGUCGUCAAUACUCUACAUACCUAAUCAUCCAUCAUGGCUCCCGCAAUUGGUCCCGCGAUAGGUAUCGAUCUGGGAACUACCUAUUCCUGCGUUGGUAUCUUCCGCGAUGAUCGAAUCGAAAUCAUUGCCAACGACCAGGGAAACCGAACCACACCUUCCUUCGUUGCCUUCACCGACACUGAGCGUCUGAUCGGAGAUGCCGCCAAGAACCAAGUCGCCAUGAACCCUCACAAUACAGUCUUCGAUGCCAAGCGUUUGAUCGGACGCAAGUUCGCUGAUGCUGAGGUUCAGGCUGAUAUGAAGCACUUCCCAUUCACUGUCAUCGACCGUGCCGGAAAGCCAGUCAUUGAAGUUGAGUUCAAGGGUGAGAAGAAGCAAUUCACACCUGAGGAAAUCUCUUCGAUGGUCUUGGUCAAGAUGCGUGAGACUGCGGAGGCAUACCUUGGUGGAACUGUCAACAACGCUGUCGUCACUGUCCCAGCCUACUUCACCGAUUCACAACGUCAAGCCACAAAGGAUGCUGGUCUGAUCGCCGGUCUCAAUGUCCUGAGAAUCAUCAACGAACCAACCGCAGCCGCCAUUGCCUAUGGUCUCGACAAGAAGGUUGAAGGUGAACGCAAUGUUCUCAUCUUCGAUCUUGGUGGUGGAACUUUCGAUGUUUCCCUCUUGACCAUUGAGGAGGGUAUCUUCGAGGUCAAGUCCACUGCUGGUGACACUCACUUGGGUGGCGAGGACUUCGACAACAGACUUGUUAACCACUUUGUUAAUGAGUUCAAGAGAAAGCACAAGAAGGAUCUUUCUUCGAACGCCCGCGCCCUCCGUCGUCUCCGAACUGCUUGCGAGCGUGCAAAGCGUACCCUCUCUUCAUCCGCACAAACCUCCAUCGAAAUCGACUCACUCUUUGAGGGUAUCGACUUCUAUACCUCCAUCACCCGUGCUCGUUUCGAGGAGCUUUGCCAAGAUCUUUUCCGAUCAACCACCACCCCAGUCGACCGUGUCCUCGCCGAUGCCAAGAUUGACAAGUCGAAGGUCCACGAGAUCGUUCUUGUCGGAGGUUCCACUCGUAUCCCACGUAUCCAGAAGCUCAUUACCGACUACUUCAACGGAAAGGAGCCCAACAAGUCCAUCAACCCUGAUGAGGCUGUUGCCUACGGUGCUGCCGUCCAGGCUGCCAUUCUCUCUGGUGACACUUCAUCCAAGUCUACCAACGAGAUCCUCCUUCUCGAUGUCGCCCCAUUGUCUCUCGGUAUCGAGACCGCUGGUGGCCAGAUGACCAAGCUCAUUCCCCGCAAUACCACUAUCCCAACCAAGAAGUCAGAGGUCUUCUCUACCUUCUCCGACAACCAACCUGGUGUCCUCAUCCAAGUCUUCGAGGGUGAGCGUCAACGCACCAAGGACAACAACCUGUUGGGCAAGUUCGAGCUUACUGGCAUCCCACCCGCACCCCGUGGUGUUCCACAAAUCGAGGUCACCUUCGAUCUUGAUGCCAACGGAAUCAUGAACGUCUCUGCUCUCGAGAAGGGUACCGGCAAGUCCAAUAAGAUUGUCAUCACCAACGACAAAGGCCGUCUUUCCAAGGAGGACAUCGAGCGCAUGUUGGCUGAGGCAGAGAAGUACAAGGCUGAGGAUGAGGCUGAGGCCGGACGUAUUUCUGCCAAGAACGGUCUUGAGUCAUACGCCUACUCCCUCCGAAACACCCUCUCGGAUUCCAAGGUUGACGAGAAGCUUGAUGCUGCUGACAAGGAGUCGCUCAAGGCUGAGAUUGACAAGACCGUCGCCUGGUUGGACGAGUCCCAACAAGCCACCAAGGAGGAGUAUGAGGAACAUCAAAAGGAGCUCGAGGCCGUUGCGAAUCCUAUAAUGAUGAAAUUUUAUGGUGCAGGUGGCGAAGGUGGUGGAAUGCCCGGAGGUAUGCCAGGCGGUGGACCAGGUGGCUUCCCAGGUGCAGGCGGAGCUGGUGCUACACACGAUGAUGGCCCAACUGUUGAGGAGGUUGACUAGAUUGA